AUGACAGUACAAGCAUUCGGUGCCUUUAUCACCCAUGAAAGUGACCCAUCCGCUGCUGUCCGUGGACUUGCCCCCGUCGUCCAUCGAGACAACAUUACCGCUGUGUCACCCACUGAGUACGAGCUCGACGAACUACAAUGGGGCAGACGCUUGAACGGUCCAUGUAAGGCGCCCUCUCGCAAUGCAUCGCCUGUCGGUCGGUCUCUUCCUCCAACGCCUGGCGAGUUGGAACGAAGUCAACCUCCUACACCAAAGCGAGAUCAAGCUGUUGAUGCCAUCGUUCAGUCCAUAUCGAAUCCACCCAGAAAUCGUUGGCGAGUAGCGGCGGCGAGUGUCAUGUUCUUUUUGCUGGGCCUGAAUGAUGCCGCCACUGGUGCUUUGAUCCCAUACCUGGAAAAAGACUACCAUAUCGGAUAUGCCAUUGUUUCUUUGAUUUUCAUCACUAAUGCUCUCGGGUUUAUUUCGAUGGCACCAGUCAUCCAGCUCAUCGAGUCUCGGCUCGGUCGGACUCGUUCCUACAUCAUCGCAACCUCUAUGAUGAGCAUCGGCUACAUUACCAUCGUCUGCUCUCCACCAUUUCCUGUGGUGGUGCUCAGCUUCUAUUUUCUCGGCUGUGGGAUGGGACUGUUUCUAGCCAUGACCAACGCCUUUAUUGUCAACUUGCUCAAUGGCACUGUCGUCCUAGGCUUUUGCCACGGUCUAUAUGGGCUGGGCGGUAUUGUCUCCCCUUUAAUUGCUACGGCCAUGGUGUCAAGCGGCAUUCACUGGGCGCAUUUCUACUUCAUUACGCUGUCUAUAUCCUUGCUUUCUGUUUUGUUGAUGGGCUGGUCCUUCAGAGGCUUCGAGAGCGAUGCUGCUGUCCAGUUACUUUCGUCUCUCGAACGGACCGCUUCACGCCAGGCUGCUGGUUCGGCCGAACUCACCAAAGUUCAGGUGCUCAAAAGGGCGGUCAAGAACAGGACAACGCUCCUUGGAGCGACCUUUGUCUUUUUCUAUCAGGGAGCAGAGGUGGCCAUUUCCGGCUGGGUCAUCUCUUACCUGAUUCAUUACCGAAGAGGCGAUCCCUCCCAUGUCGGUAAUGUCACCUCUGGAUUCUGGGGCGGCAUUACUGUUGGAAGGUUUAUCUUGACUCAUUUUGCUCACAAGGUCGGGGAGAAGUUUGCGGUCGUUCUCCUGAUCAUUGGAGCCGCCAUCUUCCAGCUUCUGGUUUGGCUUGUACCAAACAUUAUCGGAAACGCCGUGGCAGAAUCCAUUGUCGGUUUAUUCCUCGGACCAAUCUACCCAUGCGCCACCGCCGUCUUUGCCAAACUUUUACCCAAGAGCAUCCAAAUCAGCAGUUUGUCAGUCGUGACAUCGAUGGGAAGCUCUGGCGGCGCACUGGUACCUUUCAUCACUGGCAUAUUGGCACAAAAAUUGAGUACCGUUGCCCUCCACCCGGUUGUUUUGAUUUCGUUUGCGUCAAUGUCAGUUACGUGGUUUCUGCUGCCACGCAUUGGGAAGAGGACCGAGUGA